GUUUCGCUCAUAAAUGUUGUCGGCUGUGUGUGUUUAGGUUCAGAGAAGAAAUGUUUGUAGAUUAAAACAUCAUCAGAGUUUUUCUGAGUCUCGCCGUCGGUGCUGCUCUGCUGGAUUCACACGCUCUGGUCUUUGUUGCUCCACCUUGCUGAAAAUGGGUUCCUGUUCCUUUAAGGAAUUCACGGCUGUGACGUUGCUUAUAUUCCAUAUUCAGAGAAAGUCCAGCGGCGGAGUGUGGAAUCUCCUCCUGUGAGUGCAGUUCUCCUCUGUGGUGCUGAGCAAGAAGCAGACCUGGUUUUAAAGCGCCAAAGGGAAGAAUCUGGUUAGACUCUCAUUAACCGAAUACUGUAAAUCCCCCCCUCACAGAACGUUUUCCUUCAUCAUGAGCACAGAAAAGCAUCCUGAAUUCACAUCCUCAGAGGCAGACGGGAUGGAUGUUGCAGAUGUGAAGUCGCAGGAGGAGGAAGAAGAGAAGGAGGAUAACUCAUUUAGUGAAAAUGGAAUUCAGUCCGCUGAAGGUGUCGCAGAUCCACGUGUGAUAAAGACCGAGGCUGAGGAGACGGAAGAUAACGAGCAGCUUCUCAAGGCUGAAAAAGACCAAGAGAUUGUCCCUAAAGAGGAAGCAGAGGGAGGCAGUGAGGACGGGAUGGAGGAAGGUUUUGAUGAGGAGAGGACAGAGGAAGAGAAUGAUGAGGAGAGGGACAUGGAAGGGGACGAAGAGGGAGAUGGCCUGAGUGAGCCGCAGGACCUGUCGCUGGUGGACUACUCGCGUUACGACAGCACGGCCCUCCCCGACACCAGCGCAGCGGCGUCUGCCGCCAACGCGGAAGGCGCUUACGCACCUGGAGCCGGGCCGCCUCGCAUCCAGCCAACAGGCAAGCUCAGCUGUGACAUCUGCGGCUUGUCCUGCAUCAGCAUUAACGUACUGCUGGUGCACAAGCGCAGCCACACGGGCGAGAGGCCAUUCCACUGCACUCAGUGUGGGGCCUCCUUCACCCAGAAGGGAAACCUGCUUCGCCACAUCAAACUGCACUCCGGGGAGAAGCCUUUCAAAUGCCCGAUGUGCAGCUACGCCUGCCGGCGACGUGACGCUCUGAGCGGGCACCUGCGCACCCACUCUGUAGAGAAGCCCUUCAAGUGCAACCAUUGCAGUCGCAGCUACAAGCAGCGCAGCUCGCUGGAGGAGCACCGAGAGAGGUGCCAUGUGUACAUUCAGAGCAAAGGUCCCGCCGACAGAGAGGACAGCCACACAUCCAGGACUCAGAUGGGUACUGAGCGUGCGCUGCUGCUCGACAGGCUCGCCAGCAACGUAGCCAAGCGGAAGAGUUCAAUGCCACAGAAGUUUACAGGCGACAACGGCGUGUGCCUGGACCUGAGCUUUAACAGGGAUCUGGUCCACCGAACUGAUGUCAAGGAUCCUCCGUCGGGCUCCCCGGGGCCAGACGGGCAUCACCAGCAACAACCGAUCCACCCAGGCCCCGAUGGUGACCAACCGCCUUCCCACAGGCCCUACCCCAUCCCGUUAGCCCGCGGCGACAUCAACCCCAUGGGCCUCACCAACGGCCACAAGAUGGCCAUGCCGCUCCUGGGAAUCCCUCACGCCUCCCAGCCUCCCCUUGGCAUGGACUCUUACCACAACGACAACGCCCAGAUAUCCCAGCCUGUCAUGUACAGCUUAGGCCACCUGCUUGGGGGGCUGAAUUCCCAAAACGGCAUGCCUCACCCGCACACCCAGCCCAUCCCCCUGUCGCCUCUGGAGGCUUUGCGAGUGAUGCGAGCUGACGGGGAGCCCGUGCCCGGGGCCGUGUACCCCUGUGGCCACUGCAGGGUGAUCUUCCUGGACUACGUCAUGUUCACCAUCCACAUGGGGUGCCACGGCUUCCGCGAUCCGCUCGAGUGUAACGUGUGUGGCCACCGCAGUCGGGACCGUUACGAGUUUUCUUCCCACAUAGCCCGUGGCGAGCACCGCCUAGAGUUGAAGUAGAUUUCAGGCACAACACCAGCUCUGCAUGAGAAAAACAGAGCAGAUUAACUCAUAUAAGUAGUGUCAGAAAUGAAUUCAUAAAGUAGCUAUCACUCUCUGCCUUGUGUGUGUGUGUGUGUGUGUGUGUGUGUGUGUGUGUGUGUGUGUGUGUGUGUGUGUGUGUGUGUGUGUGUGUGUGUGUAUGCGUUUGAGUGUGUGUGUCUCUGUGGGUGUGUGUGUGUUAGAGAGGGAGACGUUAUACGAGUGUAACGGGUUUCAGGGUGUUUUUAGUCAUACUGUAGUCAUCUGAAAAGAUGGCCUGUAAAAUGUUAAUGCAGGAGCACUUCUACCUCCUUUUUCAUGCAUAUAUUUGUACUUAAUGGUCCCUGCUGUAGCCGCUGUUUAUAUCCUAAUCCUCAGUUCCAUAUGUUGAUUCAAAUGUUCAAAAAAUAUGAGCACUUAUUACAUUUAUUGUGUAAAUGCUUUUGUUUUUUAUCAGUGUAAAGAUGUAAGUAAUAAAAGACAGCUCUUCCUUCGUCACACACAAGCUGCACCACGCCGAAAGACUUUUAGCUUCUCUGACAAACACUUGGCAAUUCAAGAGUGCAGAAAAAAAAUCCUAUUAUCUAGAAGGUCACAUGUCUCUUUUUUUUCUCAGCUGUGGUUUUCUGAGUGUAGUUCACGGCUUCAAAGGACACAUCACUCUGCUUCUCACUCCAGAUAUUGUACUCAUUUAGCGCUCCCCACAAGUUGCUUCACAGUUUUUCACAAGACUUUUAGUCACACAAAACACACAGUGUUCAAUUACAUUUCUCACUUCUGUUUGAUUUAUACAGCACCGGUUCCCUUCCCUUCACACUGUGCAGAAAAGGCCGUACAGUGACAUAGAGGUUCCAUCAUUACAUUUAACCCUUGGAAGUACAAAACUGCACUACAUCUAUGGAGGACAGAGAUAAAGGAGAUAGAAAAAGGAGAUAGAAAAAUUCAGUAUAAAGUCAAGCUGAAGGCCUCAAAAUGUGUGUGGCAGCAGAUGAAAUCUUCUAGGUUCCAUUAAAUCAGGAGGAAAAAAGAGGCUGAUCACUUUUUUUCCAUGCAGUACGUGUUGACAUAUUCUGAAAAUGAUGAAAUGUAUGGAUGGCUGAAGCUGCCAAAGUUAAAAUAAAUAAAUAUGUAAGUAAA